CUCUGAAAAUAAAAAACAGAAAAAGAAAAAGAAAAAUGAUGAUCGCAGACGCAAUGGAAGAUGAAGAAAAAUGGCUGGCAGAAGCCAUCGCCGGAAUUCAACACAACGCUUUUUACAUGCAUCGUGCUUUAGAUGAUAAUAACCUGAGAGAAGCUCUAAAAUACUCUGCACAGUUGUUAUCUGAGCUCCGCACUUCACGUUUAUCGCCUCAUAAAUACUACGAUCUUUAUAUGAGAGCCUUUGAUGAAUUGAGAAAGUUGGAGAUGUUCUUUAAGGAAGAAGAGAGGCAUGGCUGUUCAGUAGUCGAUUUGUAUGAACUCGUCCAACAUGCUGGAAAUAUUUUACCUAGACUGUAUCUCUUAUGUACCGUAGGGUCUGUGUACAUAAAAUCAAAGGAGGCUCCUGCUAAAGAUGUUCUUAAAGACCUUGUUGAGAUGUGUCGUGCAGUUCAGCAUCCCCUUCGUGGGCUCUUCCUUAGGAGUUACCUUGCACAAAUUAGUAGAGAUAAGCUUCCUGAUAUUGGGUCUGAAUAUGAAGGAGAUGGUGAUACUGUCAUGGAUGCUGUAGAGUUUGUGUUGCAAAAUUUUUCAGAGAUGAAUAAACUCUGGGUUCGGAUGGAGCAUCAGGGACCUGCCAGGGUGCGGGAGAAAAUGGAGAAGGAGAGGAACGAGCUGCGUGAUCUAGUCGGUAAAAAUCUUCAUGUUCUUAGUCAGAUAGAGGGUAUUGACCUUGAUUUGUACAAAGAGACUGUUCUACCGAGAAUCUUGGAGCAGGUUGUCAACUGUAAGGAUGAGCUUGCACAGUAUUAUCUGAUGGACUGCCUGAUUCAAGUGUUUCCAGAUGAGUAUCACUUACAGACACUUGAAACCCUUCUAGGAGCUUGUCCCCAGCUCCAGCCUACGGUUGAUAUCAAGACAGUACUAUCCCAACUAAUGGAGAGACUAUCAAGUUAUGCUGCUUCAAGUCCAGAAGUCCUACCAGAGUUUCUCCAAGUAGAAGCUUUUGCAAAAUUGAGCAGUGCUAUUGGGAAGGUUAUUGAAACUCAGGGUGACAUGCCAAUUGUUGGUGCCAUUACUUUGUAUGUUUCCCUUCUCACAUUCACUCUUCGUGUUCAUCCUGAUCGGCUUGAUUAUGUGGAUCAAGUGCUGGGGUCAUGCGUAAAGAUACUCUCAAACAAACCAAAGCUUGAAGAUAGUAGAGCUACAAAACAAGUUGUUGCACUUUUGAGUGCUCCACUGGAAAAAUAUAGUGAUAUUGUCACUUCCCUGACGCUGUCUAAUUAUCCUCGAGUUAUGGAUCACCUUGAUAAUGGAACUAACAAAGUAAUGGCUAUGGUUAUUAUCCAAAGCAUAAUGACGAACCAAGCUUGUGUAUCUUCUGCUGACAAGGUUGAGGUUCUUUUUGAACUAAUUAAAGGGCUUAUAAAGGACUUGGAGGGAGAUUCUGAGGAUGAGUUCGAUGAGGAGGAUUUUAAUGAAGAACAAAAUUCUAUUUCUCGUGUUAUACAUGUGCUAUAUAACGACGACCCAGAGGAGAUGUUGAAGAUUAUCUUAACAGUGCGAAAGCAUAUCAUGACUGGAGGCCCAAAACGUCUUCCUUUCACAAUCCCUCCACUAGUCUUUUCUGCUUUGAAGCUGGUUCGUCAAUUGCAAAAUCAGGAUGGAGAUGUAGCUGGGGAAGAGGAUCCAGCAACUCCUAAGAAAAUUUUUCAGCUUCUAAAUCAGAUAAUUGAGGCACUUUCGUAUGUUCCAGCACCAGAAUUGGCAUUGAGGUUGUACUUGCAAUGUGCAGAGGCUGCCAAUGACUGUGAUCUGGAACCAGUUGCUUAUGAGUUCUUCACUCAAGCAUUUGUUAUAUAUGAAGAAGAAAUAGCGGACUCGAAAGCCCAGGUAACUGCAAUUCACCUAAUUAUUGGGACCCUUCAAAGGACAAAUGUAUUUGGUGUGGAGAACAGGGAUACCUUGACGCAUAAGGCCACGGGGUAUUCAGCUAAACUUCUUAAGAAGCCAGAUCAAUGCAGAGCCGUUUACGCAUGUUCUCAUCUGUUUUGGGUGGAUGAUCAGGAUGGAAUCAAGGAUGGAGAAAGGGUCCUCCUUUGCCUUAAGCGUGCAUUAAGGAUCGCAAAUGCUGCACAGCAGAUGGCAAAUGUUGCUCGAGGUAGCAGUGGGCCCGUAACUCUCUUUGUCGAAAUACUCAACAAGUACCUCUAUUACUUCGAGAAAGGAAAUCCACAAAUAACAAGUGCUACAAUCCAAGGGCUUAUAGAGCUGAUUAAAACCGAGAUGCAAAGUGACACGGCCACACCCAAUCAAACUUCAGAUGCUUUCUUUGCUUGUACCUUAAGGUACAUUCAGUUCCAGAAACAGAAAGGUGGAGCAAUGGGCGAGAAGUUUGAUGCGAUAAAGGUGUAAAUGUUUCUUUACCUACAUUUGUUUUACUUUUUUGUUAAUAUAUACAUAUGUGGGCAAAAGCAUUUUGUGGUGUGUUUACCUUACAGCAUAGACUUGGUUUUGCCCUCAUAUGAUUUGUACAUCUUUUUUUAUUUUUAUAUUAUGUAAAAAUCAAAAAGCAUAGUAUCUUAUACACUUUUAUCUUGUACAUUAUUGAUUGUUUGUGGGAUAAGUUUUCCUGGUGAAAUGCAUCUUAGAAACAAAUUUUGUGCCA